AUGUCGAUCAAACUCGGUGUGCUGUCGGACUUCAAACAAUCGCGAUAUGUGAUUCACCUAUCGACCGGCAAGCGCCUGGUGCUGUUCCGCCUGCCGUCCAUCGACCCGUCGAGAUCGAAAGCUAACGAGACCGAUGACGGAUGGUCGUAUUUUGCCAUGGAGGCGGAAUGUCCUCACGCCGGUGGCCCCAUGGCUGACUCCUCGGUCGAUAUUGAGGAUUCCGCUUACGUCGUCUCGUGUCCUUGGCAUGCGUACGAUUUCAACGUAGAGACGGGCGAGUCCAGCGUCGGGAUCACCGCGUGCACUUUCCCGGUUGAUGUUCGGGGCGAGUUUGUGACGCUGGGAUACCCUGCUGAAGAUGUCGGACUGGUCAAGUUGGAGCCUGUGAGUGAAAAGGUCAAGUUGAAGAAUCAGCGAGCGGAGAAUACUGUGCCUACUUCUCCAGGAGACCCGGGAGUCGCUCGAUACCUCGACGAUAAUGCGACGGUGUGUGACUGGGCUGUUCACAUCCUGAACACGCCUCAUCCAGAACACAAGAUCGAGUUGACUACCCACCUAUUCUCUACAUUCACGAGCAGGGAGGCUUCGUCCUCUCCGAUGGAGCUCGGACGAGGUACCGUUAGCCCGCCAGCUCAACCUCCUCGCGAAGGAUUGACCGAGGUCAAACCCCAAUACAUGCCUAGACCUGGAAAGGGAGGAACACUGAAGAGUAGGAUUGCAAUGCUUCAUGCCCUCGCAAAUAUCGAGUUGUGGGCGAUUGAUCUUGCAAUUGACAUUUGUGCGAGAUUCUCAAAAUUCCAGACAGAAGGACACGGCAGGGAACUACCACGAACCUUCUUCCACGACUGGUUAAAGGUCGCCGCCGACGAAGCGAAACACUUUUCCAUCCUCCGAGCAAGAAUCGAAGAAAUGGGCUCUCAUUUCGGUUCUCUCCCCGUCCACCACGGUCUCUGGCUGUCGGCCACUGAAACGGCGCACGAUAUCCGAUCGAGAAUCAGUAUAAUUGCUCUCGUGCAUGAGGCUCGCGGUCUCGAUGUUAAUCCCAUGACAAUUGAGAAAUUCCGCAAAGCCGGCGACCCCGAAAGUGUCGCAGUCUUGGAGGUUAUCCACAAUGAUGAGAUCACACAUGUCACAACCGGCCAUCGAUGGCUUACGUGGAUUUGCGAGCAAGAAGGCACCGACCCCGUGCAUGUCUUCCGGACAAACGUUUCCAAGCAUUUCCGUGGGCCUAUUCGAGGACCUUUCAACGAGGAGGCUCGAUUGCAGGCUGGUAUGGAUAAACGGUACUACGAGAAUGCCGUAGGGGCAGUGGGUGCAUAA